AUGGUACCAACACUUCACCACAUCUCACGAUCUCUUCCAUUAAUCAUCAUCCUUCAAGUCUUGCUACUUCUAAAAUCUAUUACCGGAGACUCAAAACCAAAUAUUGCUUCCCAAUAUUGUAUUAACAGCACUAGAAAUUACACAAAAAACAGCCAAUACCAAAACAAUCUCAACACCCUCCUCAAAGAUCUUGUAUCCCAUGCCACAAAAACCAAAUACUUCAACACCUCUAAAGGCGAAAGUACCCCUUCUGAUAAAGUCUUCGGUCUAUUCUUUUGCAGAAGUGACAUUGAUACUCGACUCUGCAACGACUGUGUGCAAUCCGCAGCAUAUGAAAUUGUAAAACGCUGUCCUGGUAGAAAAACCUCUCUUAUUUUCUACAAGGAAUGUACAUUACGGUAUGCAAACCGCUAUUUCUCAAACCACCCUGAAGAAUACGACGCUUGGAUGACUUGGAGAAGCGUCGGAAACACGUCUUAUCCCUCUAAAAUUGAGCAGGUUCUUCCAAGUAUAAUGGAGUUCAUUAUUAUGAAUGCGUCUUACCAAGCUGCUUAUCGUGGUUUUGCUACGAGAGAGGCUGAUCUCUCUCGUGGUAUGAACUUGUAUAGUCUCGCGCAAUGUACACCAGAUAUACUUGGUUUACAGUGUGAGAAAUGCUUGCGUUUUGCUUAUAAAGAUUUGAUAGAUGAUUGUUGUAGAAGCCAAACGUUGGCCAUUCUCCGGCCUAGUUGUAUGCUGAUUUAUGAUACAGCGCCUUUUUAUGUACUCCGGCCUCCCCCUCUGCUGCCUUCUUCACCACUCUCACCAGAUUCCGGUGGAGCAACGAACAAGAAUAAUAGUGUUGUGUACUACAUUAUCCGAGCUGGAAUUCCUGCAGCAGGCUUCAUUGUGCUACUUCUAUGUGCUGUUAUUGCUUUCUACGUUCAUGGAAGGAGAAAGAAGAAGAACAACAACAACUUGGAAAAAGACAACGCUACCAUCGAGUCAUUGCAAUUUGAUCUCGAAUCCAUCAAGCUCGCAACAAAUAAUUUUUCAAAUGAUAACUGGCUCGGAAGAGGUGGAUUUGGCAUCGUCUAUAAGGUUAAACUAUAA